GAGGCCCGGCUCUUGCAGACGUCCAGGCUAGCGAAGAUGGCGGCUGAGAGGGAACCUCCUCCGCUGGGAGACGUGAAGCCCACCGACUUUGAGGAGCUGGAGGACGGAGAGGACCUGUUCACCAGCACUGUCUCCACACUUGAGUCAAGUCCAUCAUCUCCUGAACCAGCCAGUCUUCCUGCAGAAGAUAUUAGUGCAAACUCUAACGGCUCCAGACCUGUAGAAGUCACACUAGACGAUGACAGAGAAGAUCUUUUCGCAGAAGCCACAGAAGAGGUGUCUCUGGACAGUCCAGAAAGAGAGCCUAUCAUGUCCUCCGAGCCAUCUCCUGCAGUCACUCCUAUCACUCCCACCACACUCAUUGCUCCUAGAAUUGAAUCAAAGAGUAUUUCUGCUCCAGUCAUCUUUGACAGAUCCAGGGAAGAGAUUGAAGAAGAAGCAAAUGGAGAUAUUUUUGAUAUAGAAAUUGGUGUGUCAGAUCCGGAAAAAGUUGGUGAUGGCAUGAAUGCUUACAUGGCAUAUAGAGUAACAACCAAGACUUCUCUUUCCAUGUUCAGUAAGAGUGAAUUUUCAGUCAAAAGAAGAUUCAGUGACUUUCUUGGUUUGCAUAGCAAAUUAGCAAGCAAAUAUUUACAUGUUGGUUACAUUGUGCCACCAGCUCCAGAAAAGAGCAUAGUAGGUAUGACCAAGGUCAAAGUAGGUAAAGAAGACUCAUCGUCCACUGAGUUUGUAGAAAAACGAAGAGCAGCACUGGAGAGGUAUCUUCAAAGAACAGUAAAGCAUCCAACAUUGCUUCAGGAUCCUGACUUAAGGCAGUUCUUGGAAAGCUCAGAGCUGCCGAGAGCAGUUAAUACACAGGCUCUGAGUGGAGCAGGAAUAUUGAGGAUGGUGAACAAGGCUGCCGACGCUGUCAACAAAAUGACAAUCAAGAUGAAUGAAUCGGAUGCAUGGUUUGAAGAAAAGCAACAGCAAUUUGAGAAUCUUGACCAGCAACUUCGGAAACUUCAUGCCAGUGUCGAAGCCUUGGUCUGUCAUAGAAAAGAACUUUCAGCCAACACAGCUGCCUUUGCUAAGAGUGCUGCCAUGCUAGGUAAUUCUGAGGACCAUACUGCUCUCUCUAGAGCUUUGUCUCAGCUCGCAGAGGUUGAGGAGAAGAUAGACCAGUUACAUCAAGAGCAAGCGUUUGCUGACUUUUACAUGUUCUCAGAACUUCUUAGUGACUACAUUCGUCUCAUUGCUGCAGUGAAAGGUGUGUUUGACCAUCGGAUGAAAUGCUGGCAGAAAUGGGAAGAUGCUCAAAUUACUUUGCUCAAAAAACGUGAAACUGAGGCAAAAAUGAUGGUCGCUAACAAACCAGAUAAAAUUCAACAAGCUAAAAAUGAAAUAAGAGAGUGGGAGGCAAAAGUACAACAAGGAGAGAGAGAUUUUGAGCAGAUCUCUAAAACAAUUCGAAAAGAAGUGGGAAGAUUUGAGAAAGAACGAGUGAAAGAUUUUAAAGCUGUUAUCAUCAAGUACUUGGAAUCAUUAGUACAAACACAGCAACAGCUGAUAAAGUACUGGGAGGCAUUCCUACCUGAAGCCAAAGCCAUUGCCUAGCGUUAUCCCCGUUAAGGAGACAUUGGAUUCCUCAGUGAGAUCAUCUAAAAAACAUCUAAAUAAACCACUAUAUAUUUUAUGAAUUACAUGUGGGUUUUUUAUAUAUAAAAACAUAUGCGCUGACAUUUUAUUACAAGCUGCAUGUCCUGACCUUCUUGGAAUUAAGUGGACUGUGGCAUGACAUUCUGCAAUAUUUUGCUGAAUUGAACACUAUUGUGUCUUAAAUACUUGCACUAAAAGGUGCAUUGCAAGGCCAGAAAAUUUUACAAUCUUUUUUCUUUAUGUUCUGUAGUGUGUUUACCCUCAUUAUGAAACAAAUUAGCAAUGCAUUGAUUAAUGUUCACUUAUACAUUCCUGUACAGAAAUUAUGAUUUUUGUGAUUAUAGUAAUAAAAUGAUAUUACUUGUGAAAUAUUAGUAAUAAAUUAUUUGAGUAUAUAAA